AUGAUGGAAGCUAAUAAAAAUUUAUUUAGUGACAUUGAUAUUAUUGGAAUUAAUGAUGUGCCAACUUGUAGGGGCUUAAACAAACAAGGAUAUCAAUGCCAGUUGUGUAGUGCAGCAGUUCACAAAAAAUGCCAUGAAAAGAUGAUCAGUCAAUGUCCUGGAUCUGCAAAAAAUACCAAAGAAACAAUUUACUUGAAAGAACGUUUUAAAAUCGAUAUUCCUCAUCGUUUUAAAUUGUAUAAUUUCAAAAGUCCCACAUUCUGUGAUCACUGCGGAUCGCUACUUUAUGGCCUUUUUAAACAAGGAAUGAAAUGUGAAGUAUGUACGGUAGUGUGUCAUCACAAAUGUCAGCGUUACAUGCCUAACUUGUGUGGUGUUAAUCAAAAGCAGCUUUCCCAAGCGCUUUUUGAGAUCAAACGUGGAAGUCAAGGUCAAACAAGCACGCCGGUUGGUGUUGGUUCAGCUGCUGCAUCAGUUGGACCCAGUGUAGCGGUAGAAACACGUAGCGUUUCAUCUCCUGUAGGAAAUGGUUUGGCUGGCAGUGGCUGUAAAUUUCCUGACCGUUUCAAAGCAUUUUUUCGCAAUCAUAAUUAUAACUUGGAUAAUCAAAAUGAUAAUGAAGAAUACAUUAAUGCACCGUGGAGUACAGCAGAUGGCACCAGAAAGUACGGGCUACAUCAUUUCAACAUUUGUAAAGUACUUGGAAAAGGAAGCUUUGGAAAAGUACUAUUAGUGGAACUUAAAAAUAAAGAAGAAUAUUAUGCGAUGAAGUGCUUGAAAAAAGAUGUAAUAUUGGAAGAUGAUGACACUGAAUGUACAUUUAUCGAACGACGUGUUCUGAUCUUAUCAUCUCAAUGUCCAUUUUUAUGCCAGUUAUUUUGCUGCUUCCAAACAAAUGUAAGUUUUGGUUUAUCACAUAUCAAAGAUAUCAAUUAA